CUGAUAUCCAAUUCUUGAUCUCCAGACUGUAGAGUUCUCCCCGUCGUCUGUUGCCUGUCUUCAUCGUUCUCAAGAAGCUCGUGUGGAUUCACUCGGAAACAAUAAAUCGAUGACUUCAGCUUGUCUUUUAGGGAUGACGUAUGAAAAUCUCAUCUAAUAGGAAUGGCUGUUCGGGGUUGCUGGUUGGAGUCAUUUUCUUUCCAAUAUGGUGGGCCCAUGUAUUUGCUUAAAUUUGAGAAAGCACUGAAUGAGACUGUUGAUGUUGUUCUCGACCAUCAACAAGAUGCAAAGAAGCAUGGGCAGGCGAAAGGAAAUGAUAUUCUCGCCUCGGUGAGAGUUAUUGGGAGAAGCACCAAUUGCUUGCAAAGAGAAGGUCACAGAACUAGUAACUACUGGUAUAUAUACUUUCCAUUGAAGGUGAAGAUGAAAACUUCUGCUUUCUGCUUCCAACGCUUUGUCAAAUCACAAUGGAAAUUGAAGGAUGUAAAGGUCUGGCUUCUUUGGGAGGUUAUAAAGCUGUUGUGGAAUGCCUUAUAAGAUUGAUUUGGCCACCACAUCAUGUGGUUGCGGACUAUAGCUGCAUUUUUAUGGCAUGUGAGUCUGUGACACAAUGAUGAACCUUCUGUUGAA